AUGCAGUUAUUCAACUACUGCUUCCAAAUGCUUCGCUGGACCACAAAGAUAAAAGACGUAUUAGGGCCAGACUAUACCUUUAUAGAUGAUUGUAUUACAGACUCAGUUACUCUGGAAGAUAUUUUAUCUCAUCGCACGGGAUUGGGAUCGGCGGACCUUCUAUUACAAGCUGGGAUUCCAGAAUAUGUUACAAGAGAGCAAAUGAUGAAGAAUCUUCAUUACCUACCAAAACUACAAGAAUUUCGGGAUUCCUUCUUUUAUAAUAAUAUAGUUUACAUUCUCGCGGCACAUGUAGCUGAGAAGAGAGCUAAUAAAACAUGGGAACAAUUAAUGAAGGAGGAGUUACUAGUUCCAUUGAACAUGACAUCAACAGUGAUAUUAGACGAAAGACAUAGCGAAACGCUGGCUGUUCCCUACAUUGUUGACAAAACUGGCAAACUGUACAAAUCUGACGACCGACUUUAUAGCCUGCACCCUUUUGGACCAUCUGGUAGUAUUUGUGCAUCAGCUGAUGACAUGACCAAAUGGUUAAAGCUGAUCACAUCUAAAGGAAAGAUAGCUGACGGUGCAGAACGAAUCAUAUCUGAAUACGUCUUCAAAGGACAAUUCAACAUAAAAAGUGUACUAAGUUCCAUGUGGGCUAACGCAUACAGUUUGACACAUCCACAGUUCCCUGUAGCGUUCGACUCAUUAGGUUAUGGAUAUGGAUGUUGGCUCAAUGAAACAACAGCCUGUUCAUACCCGGCUCCUUGGAGGAAUUACCGUAGUAAAAGAUCUUCUCAAGACGUUAUGUCAGUUUCUGGUAAAGAUUUAGAGGAAUUUGAUAUGCAUACUGGUGUGUACAGCCACCCGUUGUACGGAAGUGUGACUAUAACUAGAAUCAAUAACACCCUCCAUAUCAGCUACGGUUAA